GGUGCCUCCUCGUCCUUUCUCGGGAUCGGCCCCCGGGCGACUGUGGAGGAGUGGUCAACCCAGAGCCGCGCGGAUGGAGGGGUCAGAAAUGAGGGAGGCACGGACGGCAGCGGUCGGGGGGCGGGGAGCUAGAGCGCCGCCGGGAAGGGAAAGAGUCGGGAGAGGCGUGGGAGCCGGGGGCACGGAGGACGCGGGCCCGGACGGCGGGGGCAGCUUAAGGGAGACCGACGAGCGGCUUAGAAGCCGGCAGGAAUUCGGAUUGCGGGUUGAGUUCGGAAUGGAGUGGAGAUGAUGUAGGAUGGAGGGAAGUGAAGGAAGGGGAGGGGGGAAAUAGAGGAAAAUGUGGGAGGAGUGGUUGGGAAUUUGUGGGUAGCAGGCAGGAAAGGAUGGGGAGCUGGGUAGGGGCUGCAGACGCUUGGAGUGAGCAGGAAGAUUAGCAGGAGUCAGAGUGAAAAGGUACCCAGCGCUGAAGGGUUCAGCGGGGGUGUCCAUGAAGGGGAACUGGUGACUGGACAUGUCCUUUCAACCCAGGUUCCUGAGGUCUCCCAUUUUUUUGUGUGGCGUUGUGUGGGAAAACGAAAGCAUCAGUUGCCCUAGUUGCUAGUUGGCUCUUUUUUCACAGGCCCAAACACGCAGCCGACUGCCAUCCAUUCCUUUUAGUGCCGCGGUCUUGAUUCAUCUUUUUAAAGGGAGCUAGAGUGGCAAUGUGACACACACACGGUUCUUAAGUAUGAAACGUUAGAAGUUAUCCCCGAGAGACACAGUGUCCCCAUGUCUUGCAGUUUUCAGUUCAAGAAUCCUAAUGCACCUGGCUACCUGCUGGUGAGCAGGGGCUUUGGGGCCGACGUGGUGGGCUCCCCCAAGGAAACCCCUUUGAAACCAAUGGAUGCAUUCACGGGCUCGGGUCUCAAGAGAAAGUUUGAUGAUGUGGAUGUGGGCUCGUCAGUUUCCAACUCUGAUGAUGAGAUCUCCAGCAGUGACAGUGCCGACAGCUGCGACAGCCUCAAUCCUCCUACGUCUGCCAGCUUCACACCCACAUCCAUCUUGAAGCGGCAGAAGCAGCUGCGGAGGAAAAGUGUGCGAUUUGACCAGGUGACUGUGUACUACUUUGCUCGGCGCCAGGGUUUUACCAGUGUGCCCAGCCAGGGCGGCAGCUCUCUGGGCAUGGCCCAGCGCCAUAACUCUGUACGCAGCUACACACUCUGUGAGUUUGCUCAGGAGCAGGAGGUGAACCAUCGGGAGAUUCUUCGUGAACACUUGAAGGAGGAGAAACUCCAUGCCAAGAAGAUGAAGCUGACCAAGAACGGAACAGUGGAGUCAGUGGAGGCCGACGGCCUGACGCUGGACGAUGUUUCAGAUGAAGACAUCGAUGUGGAAAAUGUGGAGGUGGAUGAUUACUUCUUCCUGCAGCCUCUGCCCACCAAGCGGCGACGCGCCCUGUUGCGGGCUUCUGGGGUCCACCGCAUCGAUGCUGAAGAGAAGCAAGAACUUCGAGCCAUCCGCCUGUCGCGGGAAGAGUGUGGCUGUGACUGUCGACUGUAUUGUGAUCCAGAAGCAUGUGCCUGCAGCCAGGCUGGGAUUAAAUGCCAGGUGGAUCGCAUGUCCUUUCCAUGUGGCUGCUCCCGGGAUGGCUGUGGCAACAUGGCUGGGCGCAUUGAAUUCAAUCCAAUCCGGGUCCGGACUCAUUACCUCCACACCAUCAUGAAGCUGGAGCUGGAGAGCAAGCGGCAGGUGAGCCGCCCGCCAGCCCCAGAUGAGGAGCCCUCUCCCACCACCAGCUGCAGCCUGGCAGCAGCACAGGGUGCAGAAACACAGGACUUCCAGGAGUUCAUUGCCGAGAACGAGACGGCAGUGAUGCACCUGCAGAGCGCAGAGGAACUGGAGCGGCUCAAGGCGGAGGAGGACUCUAGCGGCUCCAGUGCCAGCCUGGACUCGGGCAUCGAGAGCCUGGGCGUGUGCAUCCUGGAGGAGCCCCUAGCUGUCCCGGAAGAGCUGUGCCCGGGCCUCACUGCCCCCAUUCUCAUCCAGGCUCAGCUGCCCCCGGGCUCCUCCGUGCUGUGUUUUGCCGAGAACUCGGACCACCCGACCGCCUCUGCCGUGAACAGCCCAUCCUAUUUGAACAGUGGCCCCCUGGUCUACUACCAAGUGGAGCAGAGGCCAGUCCUGGGGGUGAAAGGAGAGCCUGGGACGGAAGAAGGCCCACCCUCCUUCCCCAAGGAAAAGGAUCUGAAUGUCUUCUCUCUCCCUGUUACCUCACUGGUGGCUUGUGGCCCCACAGACCCAGCUGCCCUCUGUAAAUCAGAGGUGGGGAAAGCAGCCACUCUAGAAGCACUCGUGCCCGAAGAUUGUAACCCCAAGGAGCCUGGGAGUGAAGACUGUCGCCCCUCCUGGUCCCCCUCAAGCCUCCCCAUGUGCACGGACAGGGAAGAGGGCUGUGCAGUGGAGAAGACCCCGCCGCAGAGUGCGGACAGGCCCCCGGAGGAGCCUGCCCUGGAGCUCCCUCUGGCAGUGUGACGCAUGGGCGGAGACUGCCUCCCACCCAUUCUCUAUUUAUUCCCUUAUUUUAUCUAACACCAUUUCAAAAACAAAACUGUAGAAGCAGCUGCUGCUCCUAUGUUAUUUUAUUGGGGUCACUGGGGAAAGGGUGGGAAAGGAUUGUUUGUACAAGUAUUUUUUAAAGGGCCAACAGAACCAAGGAGACCAGCCCCAGCUUGAUCAGGGGAUAGUCUUGGGGCAGAGGAGGCUGCAUCCUGAGCUUUCUGGGCCUUCGGAACAAAGAACUAGGAUCUCACAGGAGGAGCUGGGUAAUUCAAGCAGCUAUUCACGUAGGGACCAGAACACGACAAUUUAAACAGCAUGACAAAGCCCCUUCCUCUCUUCUGAGCUCCAGGCAGGGUUAAGCUCACCUUCCUCAGCAGUUACUCUGAUACCCUACUUUGGUGUAUUGUGGUAAUACAGUUGAAAUCGUCAGCUGGUUGAGGCUAGAAAGGAGGGGGUGAAAGUGUCUCUGCUUCUGUAUAAAACCUCUAAGAUCUAUAAGAAUUGAACCUGCCUUCCCUGACCCCCCUUAUUUGGUAAAUAAGUUAAUAUUUGACAUUUUUGUUCUCUGACCUGUUCCCCACACUGGGGAUUCCUGGUCUUAACUUGAAGUGUUUCUUUCACACGUUUUUAGGUACUAGAGUUAAACUUGUCUUUCCCCCUGCCCCCGCUUUGUCCUUUUUCCUUUGAAGGGAAAGAGCUAGAUUGGCUGGGGAUGUGGCAUCAAGAGCCAGUCUUCCCUAUGUGUGUAACCGCAGCUCCAUCAGGCAGCUUUAAUCUGGGGCUCACACAUCCCAUGGGAGGCCUAUAUGGAGCAUUAACCUGUGUCCAGAGGAGGCAGCAGGAACAGGCUGCUGUCUGGAAAGAUGACUUUCUUUGUGCUGUGCUUGCCUUUUCACCCUAACCCCGCCCUGUUCCCUACCCCUCCCCCCAAAAAAUUAAGCUUUAAAGGAGUGUAGGAUGUGGCAAGUUCACCAGCUAGUGUUUUUGUGUCACCUUUUGUGUUUUUUCCCUUUUUUUGGGUCUACCCUCCUGGUCCCUCUUGGAUAUACAGGGUUAGAGUUCUUACAUUUACAUACUGUUCCCAAGAACUGCAAAUGCUUAUUGGCUCCCUCCAUCUUGAUAUAUAAAGAUUGUAAGCCACACCAGUUCCUAAAUGCUUCCUGCAGCUCCCAGGUUCUAAGAAGUCAAGUUCUAACUAACUUUUGAGGUCUGUAGAGUGGAACUCAGAUUCUGUUCGUACCUUUAUUAGGGGGGACAUGGUUCCUGUUCUUUCAUGUCCAGUUUAUGUUCCAAGAUGUGCUCCACUGAACACUGAAUUCUUUUCACUAGCAAAGUUAUCACUGCCUCUGUUUUAAUUCUUUUUUUUUUUUUUUUUUUUUAAUGGCUCUUUGCUUCUGUUUGAAAAGGGAGGCAUUAGGGAGCAAAACACUUUAGCAUCCUUCACACUAUGCUUCAUUACUGGUAUGGUUUUUUGACCAGGAAAAGACAAAGUAUAAACCUUUUUUUUUUUUUUUUUUUGGUGGAGGUAACUGUUCCUACUAUUUUGCUUAUAAAGCCUUUUCUUGUGGGAUCUUAAGGCCCCAGUGUCUGAAAGCAACCUUUAUGUAUGUAUAUCACAGUAGCAUUUCACCUAUCAAACCUAAACUGAGCCUGAAAGGCCUUAUAUUCAACAUGGAUACAUCCUUUUAACUUAUUUUGCCUCUCCUAUUCAUUCCUGUUUUUGCUGGUUUUACAUUUGGAGGUGAAUUAAUAAGCCAUAGGCCCUUCUCUCUCCUCUAGGCUCACAAAACGGAGUCAGAGUCCUAAGCACCUGUGAAAUAGGUGCUAUCCUCAACUGAGCUACACUCUGUCACCUUAGACUGGUCCCCUCAGACAGAAGGUUGAACUUUAGCUGGGAAUUUGACUCUGGAGAUGAAUCUUUCUAGAAGUUUGUGUCAGAAGGGGAGGGUGAGUGCUGUAUCUUCCCUCCUUCGGAGGGCGCCAGCCUAAGCUAGGAAGUGGAUUCACCUGUUUAAUAAGACAUUUGGGAUCAGACCAAGAAGCUCAAACUAAUUAAACUCAUUGCCAACCCCCAAGAUAAUAAAUCCCUCCCUUCAUUAACUACAGUUCUGACUCACCUGUCCCAACCUUUUAAAUGCUGAAUAUUAACAUUAACAAUCUUGUUAAGCAAAGGGCCUUUUAUGCAACCUAGUCCAUCUCGUUUCUGGUGCUACCUGAGCUGGACAGACAGAAUUACAGUGCAUGGUUGCUAGAAAGGCUAGGCUGCUGACCACAAAAGCAGAGCUUCAGUGCUGCUUAGACUAGGUGGGAUAAAAGAAAUCCAGAUAAAUCACUCAUUACAACUCUUAAUAUUUUCCAAUUUCUUUUCUCACAUACUGUACACAGGUAGUAUUUUCAAUGUGAAUCCAAAGCUUGUCUGGUUCUCUGAAAAAAAAAAAAUUUAAUUUUUUUUUUGCUUUUAGGUCCUUUACAUUGUGAUAAUGCUGUAUUUAAAGAAAAUAUUUAAAUGUAAUAUUAAAGAAAUAUUCAAAAG